GAAUUUCCGCGCCAUUUUUGUGGAUGUAGAAAGCUUCGGUCAAGAAGAUGUGUUCAAAGAGACAGGGACGUGGAGUCUAACCCAAUAUACAGCUAGCUAGCUAUAUAACUGCACUGCGUUAUGCACAAGAACAUGCACAAGUAGUAUCAAAUUAAAAACCCGCCGUUACAAGUUAGUUAUGUUGCUGCCAUCUGACAUCGCAAGACUUGUUUUGGGAUAUCUGCAACAAGAAGGGCUCCGUGCCACAACCAGGGCAUUCAUUCUCGAGAGCUCAAACUUAAAGGAGUAUGCGGAACACAGCACCGACGAUGGGGCUAUUCCGGCUUGUGUUUUUUCCUUGUUUGGGAAAAACUUGACAACAAUUUUGAAUGAAUAUGUUGCUGUCAAAGCGAAGGAAUCAUGUCACGAGACGCAGGUGCCAGCAAUGAUGACAUCCCUAUGGAAAAAAUUAGAUUUCACUCUGAAUCAAAUCAAGUCUAUGCAGAACUCUCCUGCUGUUUACCAGAAUCAAAGACUCCGAACGCGGAACGGGAUUAUGAAUAUGAGGGGGCAGAGAUCGCUGUCGUCCUGCACCCGAUCCCCAAGCACGGCACUUCUCGCGGUUCCACCACCGUCCACCCAUUACGACGCCAGCCCUCUGGCCACCCCCCAGGGCAUGCUGGGACAUUCCACGCCUGUCUGCUACAGCUCUUUGCAGACGAGGCCCUCCCAGCUCUGCGUCAGUCAGCCUCAGAUUCAGGACGUAGGCCGGCUUGUCAUCAACAUGAACAGAGAAUCACCUUUGCACAUUGUUGUUCCUGACCGCAGAAUAAACUCAGGACCAUUGUCCCCAGGACGCCGGAAAUGCGACUCCCCAAGGAGGCGAGGUGGAGGGCUUUGUGGGCUGUCUGGGACAACACGCACUGCAGCGCCCUCUAGUGGCCCAGUCCCUGACCAGCAGAAUGAGGCUCUCCAAGAAGGCGUUGCGGAGAACUUCCCGCAAAUGGUUAUUGAAAAUGCUCGGGAAAAGAUACUGAAUGACAAGUCCUUGCAAGAAAAGCUGGCUGAAAACAUCAAUAAAAUCUUGGGAAGUGACAUUAAUCCACAGUCCUCCAAACAAGUGGCAUGUAGUACUGUGGUACCGGAUCAGUCCAUUGAUGAAAUAUUGGGCCUCCAGGGGGAGAUCCACAUGUCUGAUGAUGCCAUCCAGGAUAUUUUGGAGCAGACAGAGUCUGAUCCUGCCUUCCAAGCUCUCUUUGACCUGUUUGAUUGUGGGAAAAACAAAGACAGUGAAGGAGAGAGCCAGUUUGACACCAGUCUCAGUAACACUACACAGGAAAGUGAUGAAGCAGAUUCUUCCUCUCAAACCAGGGAUCCAGGUACAAGCCAAGAAGAACCGACGUCUGGGGCAGAAACAAGUUCCAGAAUCCUGAGAACGAGGAGCGCACAAGACCACAAAAGCAAGAAAACUAGAAAAACGGCACACCUUGCCUCCAACGCGUUGAAGAGUGGCCCUGCGCUGGGUAAAAGAGGAAAUCCGCACACAAAGGCUGGAGCGACCGAGACUGUGGCUGUGGCAGGCAGUGACGGGAAGUCGGACAGCGCUCAGUCCAAAGCACAGAGCAGCAUUGGCAAGGACUCUGUUUCAACAGCAGCACAAGGCAUGCCAAGCUCUGUGCUAGCUGAGGAGGAUGACGACAUGGAAGUGGCUGAGGCUACAGAGACUGCAGUAUUGCUUGCUUCUCCGGUCCAGCCUUUGGCUGUCCAAACGGAUCACCAGGAGAGCCCACAAGCCUCCAAAGAAUCUGGCGGGGAAAAUGCUAGCCUCUCAAUGAACAACCGUGCAUCGGUAUCGGUUUCAACUGCCGCUGGUGCUCAGAAGCCACCAGGAACCGAUCCGUGUGCAAGAUCAGCCGGAGCGCCGGAGGCUGUAGUUCCUCAGUUUGACGGUUCAGCUGAAACCCCUGGAUCUCAGCCACAUCUUUCCCCCUCUCCAUCCCAGCCUGUUUCUCAACACAGAACCGUUCAGCUUAAUGCUGCUGGAUCAACACACUCCCCGACGUGUCCUGUUGGUCAAAAACCAAACUCUGUGGCUGUGCCCUUGGGGACAGCUCUUCCUGAAGCUCCAUCAAUACUGGCACACUCCACCUGUGCACCCAGCACCCCCUUCAAAGAACCUGACCCCAGCAAAAUAGUUUCUCUCAAGAUCAUAGUGAGCGACGAAGCCGAUGACCAAUCCAGCGACUUGGCCUUGAGCCAGGCGGUGUCGAGCAUCACGGGGGAGAGACUGCCCACCAUCAUUCUCUCCUCCCCCGCGAAGUCUCCCGCCAAGGCUUCCGCAGGAGCCGUCUGCUCCAUCACACAGGAGGAGACGGUCCAGGCUGUCUGCUGCCUACAGGGGGCAGACCUCAACCCUCUCCUCACGGGGAAAAUCGGGGAGGCCGUGAUGGGAUUGCCGGCCCGUGGCGUUGAGGAGGGCGUCCAGCUGUCCGUCGGCGGCGACCUGCCACAGGAAGCUGGGUAUAUCCAGCUGGUUCCUGGGGCCGCCUCGUACGGAAGCUCCAGCAGCUACUUCGUCGUGGCCGACCCAGCAGCUGUCAGCCAGCAGUCGAAGCUGAUGGUGCUCCCUGGGUGCCCCUCGCUGGGACAGGCGUCCCCCGCGUCGCACAUGCUGACGACGCCACCCCGCCCGGUGAUCUCUGUGGCGCAGGACGUCUCCCAGGCCUACUCACCUGGCUCAACACUGUUCAUAUCAUCCCCGUCCCAGCCCAUGUUGCAAAGCAUGAUGGUCCCAGUAUCAGUCGUUGGUCAAAGCAGUGUGGGAAAGUUCACUGUCGUCCAAAAUCAGCUAUUGCAGGUGACAGCUCCAGGUGUGAAAACCCCGGCAAAGGGUAAACAAAAGCCUAAGCUGGCACCCAAGGACCGAGCAGUUUCAGGUAAAGCUAGUGCAACGGAUAAAUCCACAAAGACCUUGGACCCAAAUCCGCAGUGCUUGCCAGCAGCUCUGAAGCCCCUGACUGUGAGGACGGCAGACUCAUCCCAGCCCUCGGAGACGGCAGGACCGCAGCAGCAGCAGCAGCCUCCUCCCGAGCGCACCUCAGCAGGCCACGCCCCAGCCCCCAGUUCCAGCCCCCGCCCUCACCGGAGGGUGCUGUGCUUCGAUGUCUCGGCUGAAAACCCCGACCCUGCUCCGGCGGAAGAGAAACCUUCGCCUCCCCCUGAGGGGCCCGCCUGCACACCUGCGGCCCCCGUUCCAGCCUCCUGCGGCCAGGAGCCUCAAAAAGAAACUCCCAGCGGCCAGUCACCCGGCAGCUGUAAACUCAGGGCAAUACAGCCGGCCAUUCUGCGCGGCAGCAGGACUACGGACGGGAAAAUGAGACCCGAGGCGGCAGCAAAAGUUGCGGACAAGAAAAAGCCUUCAGAGGCCCCCAAGGAGUCUGAGAAAAGAGCCGCAGAACCGUCACAGAGCCUGUCCAGGAGCGCCUCGGAGCAGGAGACGAGAACUCAGAGCACGAGCGGCAGGAGAGACGCUGCUCUGCCAGAACCCGCCAAGCGGAGGUCGGAAUGCAGGAGGAAAUCCCACCAGUUGGAGAAGAAGGACGACGAGGGAUCCGCUUCCACCCACGGCGUUAAAUACGUGGCCCCCGGCAACAGGACGACAACGAAAUCCGCGGGCUCGAAGAAGCUAGCGGAGGAGAGAAGCAGGGCGGAGAAAGGCGAAGGUGCGCAGAAGUGCAAGGAGGCGUGGCCGGAGAGGAGGGGCUCCUCCCACCCGCCUCUCCACGUCACGGCCAACAAGGAGAACGAGGUCGAGCCGGGGAGAAGCGAGCAGCCCCCCGCGAGCGCCGCGCCGCAAGAGACCCGGCUCCCCCCCCCCGCCGUCGGUUCGGCAGCCCCCGCUGCGCAGGGCGGCUCCGGCAGAGCCCCUCCCAGCAUGACGAGCCCCCUCACCAAGCAGGCCGCGGAAAUGCUGCAGGACAUACAGGGCCACAACCCCGCAGCCACGCCCACGAAGAGAUCGUCGGGCUUGGGGUGUCCCGGGCUGCCUCUGCCCAGAACCCCCGGGUCCGGGUGUUACCCGGAGGAGCCACCCGACGCCCUGAGGACGCCCGUCCGUCAGAGGCCGGGUCGGGACGGCGACGGCACGCCUCGGCACCUCCCGCCGCCCGCCACCCCGGACAUCCCCACCUGCAGUCCCGCCAGCGAGGCCGGGAGCGAGAGCAGCAUCAACAUGGCCGCCCACACGCUGAUGAUCCUGUCCCGCGCCGCCAUCGCCAGGACCGGCACGCCGCUGAAGGACAGCGUGCGCCAGCAGGGGGCGCCCGCCCCCGCCGUGACCCCCAAGGGCAAAAAACGCAAGCCGGCCGAGCCUCUGGCCAGCCCUACCUCGAAGAAAGAGACGCAGCACGGCGGCUCGGCGGCCGCUAAGAAGGCUAAGAAGCAGAAGAAGAUGCUGGAUUCCUUCCCUGAUAACCUGGACGUGGACAAGUUCCUGUCGUCGUUGCAUUACGACGAGUGAGGCAGGUGGACAGAGAGAACUCUCAGGCAGGACACUGGUGUGAAUACCCACAGCAAGGGACUACCAUAUACAGGGCCUGUGGUGGCCCAACGAAGGAUCUUAUUUCAGGGCAUGACAUGAACAUUCAACCCGCGUUGAACUCUGAAUGUAUCGCCACGUAGAAAUGCAAUUUAUUUCUUCAAAUAAACCAUUUUUUUGGUUUGUGUUUUAUAUUGUCAAUACCUGUGGUUUCUUGCAUUACUUUCCUCCUCUGAUUUUGGCUAUUUAGUCUCGUGGGCUGCAGUCUGACGUGCUGGAACUGUAGCCGGAAAGCAGGCCUGAAUCCCUUGUACAUUUAUGAAUGGAUAAUAUGUAAGCUUCUGCAGACACCCAAAAUAAGGUCAUUGAGAUGGCCAAUGAAAUGGCAAUUAAAUUUUUUUGGGAAAGAGUAUAUAACUACACUAUGAUGCCAAGCAGAACUUAUUCUACAAUGUCUGAUGAGUAGCAUUAACUCUAAAGGCUGGGAGCAUAAAGCAGUUAAACUGUAAAAUUAUAUAAUUUGAUUUGCACAUUUCUGCUUUUGUUCCUUUGACACUCUGGCCAGAUAGGGAAGACCAAAAAGUAAAAACCUUGUCUGAAUUGUUCAUGCACAUCAUUAUGAAAGAAUUUUUCUUCUGGGUAUUUGUCCUCUGUGUAGGUAAAUUUUCAAUGAAAUUGUGAAAUUAAACGUUUUUAAAAAUAUUUAUUUUUAGUCUGUCCAGUAUCAGAAGCAUAUUCAUCGGCGAAAGGCAGAUCAUCCUCAGCACACAAUCUGAAACAGUGCUUGGAUUUGGAUUUUCAUGUGAAUUCAUUUUAUGGCUUCCAUAGCUAUAGAUUUCCCAAACAAUGUCCUGUGUUGUGACAUAAUUUGGUUUUCCAAAGCACACAUUGAAACUGGUGUCUGAGGGUAGGCUUACAGGAAAGGGGAAAAAAAUCUUUUUAGCACCAUUCAUUUACAAGUAAGGCCAGAAAUGUUUUUUUAAAUUGUCUUUAAAAUUUUAUUGGUUAACAUGUAGGAACCCUGCUAUGAACUGCUUUGACAGCUUGGUGUUAUUUGAAUCCAUGUAACACAAAAUUGCCAAGUGUACCAGUGAUGGUACCUGUACCAUCACUGCCUGGCUGAGCUACAUAGAUCUUUCAAUGAAAACACUGAUCCACAUGAAUACCAUCUAUAAAUUUAGGAUUCAACCAAGUUACCAUUAUGACUGCAUCAUGAGCCAGCACUCAAUAAAACAUGAACAAAAACAAGACUCAAAAGUCAAUGGCAAAGUGCAACAAAACUGAAUUAUCAAAGGGUUGAGUUUUUGAAAAAGGAUGAAACCCUAAACUACAAAUGUUAGUACUUGCAGAAAUGUGUUUAUUUUUGUUUGAAAAGUAACAUGAACCACAGCUGAAAAUUUGGUAGCUUACAGUGACUUAAAAAAAAACAAAA